AUGGGCCACUCGCAGUUGACUGACCCGGUCACCAUCGAGUUUCCUCCUGUUUCUGCUGCGGAGCGCACUGAAUUCGUCCAUGGUGUUGUCAACGUUGUGAACAAGGCGUAUACCGAGACCGAGGGCGACAUCUUUCUACCAGGAUACCAACGAACAAGCCCUCUUGAAGUGGCGGACCUCAUUCGCACCGGCCGGCUCGCCGUCGCGUCUCAAAGCCCAGCAGAAGAGCCGGUUGGAUGUGUCUCCUUGAAGAGCGUGUCGCCGACGCGAAAUUCCUUCGCCAUGCUGGCCCUGAGCCCGGCCUACCGAGGUUUAGGGCUCGGGAAGAAGCUGGUCCACUUCGUCGAGGAGCAUAGCCGGUCACAGGGAUGCAAGGUGAUGCAGCUCGAGCUUCUUGUUCCCACCACCUUUGAGCAUCCUUUCAAGAGAAGAAUCGAGGCCUGGUACUCGAAGAUGGGCUAUCAAGCCGUCAAAGUAGGACAGUUUGAGGAGGAUUAUCCAGCCAUAGCUCCGCUGCUUGCGGGCCCGGCCGAGUACAGGAUAUCGGAGAAGGCGUUGGUGUGA